UGGCACACGAAGAAGAAACCAGCCGUUGUGAUUGGUUGGAUGUUUCUCUACCCAAUCACUUUAACUGCUCAAUUUUUAAAACUCUAGCGCCAACCGUGCAGCCAAAGUGUUGUUGGUGAGCCUGAGCUCGACGUAAAGCGGCAAAUAUGUCACGGGUUGUUAGCAGUGACUGUUAAAAGAAACAUGUGCCAUUAGAUCAGUUGGACUCCAUUUCGUCAUUCCCAACAGCCUCAGGAGAUUUCCAGCAUGGCAAGAAAUAUGUCAACAGGGUGUUCGUCAUCUUUUCUGUCUAACCAGGAAACGGGCAUGAAUAGAGAAAACAUCACCCCUGAAUUACCUCCGUCAUCUCACAUGCAGUAUUUGGAUUCUGACAACUUCCCGGAGAUCACUCUCCUUGACGUCACGGGAGAUUGCGAAACGCACCAGAAUAUAAAUGAUUUGUCCACACUUAAAAGCAUGCCUCCAACACCAAUGUCUGCAAGGGGGCUGUUUAGAAAGUUUGUGCCUCACAAUAAUUCAAUGAAAGAGUCAACUUCAACUCCAAAGAUGAAGGUAAACAAAGCAGUCAUCAGACCGCAUCCUCACCUGGAUAGCAACGUUUCUGUGUUUUGGUUGUAUGAUGAGUGUUUGCCAGACAUUACUGAUAUCUCAAUUGACUGUGAAAAGACUGUAACCUCACCUCGUGACCAAUCUACUGCCUUACUCACUACUUGUGACAACAUUUCACAGAACGCAAACUUUGAGUCUAACAUGGAACACGUAAUAUUGAAGCUUGGUGAAGCAACCAGCAAGAAGAUGACUUCCCUAAAAAUUAAUAAAGCACUGAAUAGUCCCAUAUCUUUAGCUGCAGGUGCCACAGGGGAGAGUGUACCUACAGAUCAAGAUAGCCUGCCUUCUGGGAAAGCAACCUGUGUCACAAGUGAUAACAACACAAUCAUGACAGAAACGAGUAUAACUGGUGGUCACCGUAACACCAUUGAUGGCCAAUCCCAAUCUAGUAGCAGAACCGGCAUGUUAGAGAGCAGCUGCUGUGACGCCUACCACAACACUUUAGAGACUAACCCUCCACAUUUCAAUAGCACAUUACCUUUGGUCGAAAAGAAUUCUAGUGAUAGUCGCAACACAUGUGAUGCUAACCCUUUUCAGUCCAGUUACAUCAUAACCAACACUUCUCGCGAUGGUCACCAGAACACAUUCGAUGCUAACCCUCUUCAUUCCAAUAGCACAUUACCUUUGGUCGAAAAGAGUUCUAGUGAUAAUCACAACAGCUGUGAUUCCAACCCUCUUCAGUCCAGUUGCAUUAUAACCAACACUUCUAGCGAUGGUCACCAUAACACUUUCGAUGCUAACCCUCUUCAUUCAUAUAGCACAUUACCUUUGGUUGAAAAGAGUUAUAAUGGUAAUCACAACACCUGUAAUGCUAACCCUCUUCAGUCAAGUUGCAUUAUACCCAACACUUCUCGCGAUGGUCACCACAACACAUUCGAUGCUAACCCUCUUCAUUCAAAUAGCACAUUACCUUUGGUCGAAAAGAGUUUUAGUGAUAAUCACAACACCUGUGAUGCUAACCCUCUUCAGUCAAGUUGCAUUAUAACCAACACUUCUCGCGAUGGUCACCAGAACACAUUCGAUGCUAACCCUCUUCAUUCCAAUAGCACAUUACCUUUGGUCGAAAAGAGUUCUAGUGAUAAUCACAGCAGCUGUGAUUCUAACCCUCUUCAGUCCAGUUGCAUUAUAACCAACACUUCUAGCGAUGGUCACCAUAACACUUUCGAUGCUAACCCUCUUCAUUCAAAUAGCACAUUACCUUUGGUUGAAAAGAGUUCUAAUGGUAAUCACAACACCUGUGAUGCUAACCCUCUUCAGUCAAGUUGCAUUAUAACCAACACUUCUCGCGAUGGUCACCAGAACACAUUCGAUGCUAACCCUCUUCAUUCCAAUAGCACAUUACCUUUGGUCGAAAAGAGUUCUAGUGAUAAUCACAACACCUGUGAUGCUAACCCUCUUCAGUCCAGUUGCAUUAUAACCAACACUUCUAGCGUUGGUCACCAGAACACAUACGAUACUAAACCUUCCUCUCGGAACAAUGGCACAAUAACAAUGUUAGACAGUAGCUAUACUGAUAAUCAUUCUAACACAUUUGAUGCCAACCCUCCUCUGUCUGGUAGCACAAUGACCAAAUGUGUGAGUGGUCACCACUCCUUUUCCGAUGCUAUCCCUCCCUCUAUGACCAAUGGCCCAGCAAUGGUGUCCGAAAGCAGUUCUAGUGAUCGUCACCAGAGCACCUUUGAUGCAAGCCUUCCUCAGUCUGGUAGCACAAUAAUCAAUAGUUCUAGUGACGGUUACCGCAACAUCCUGAAUGCUAACCCUCCAUCUCAGUCCAAUACCAUAGUAAACAUGUCAAAAAGCCAGUCGAGUGAAUGUCAGCAAAACACCUGUGAUGCUAACCCUUCCCAUUCGGGUAGCACAACAACCAACAGUUCCAGUGAUGGCCACCACAACACCUUCAAUACUCACCCUCCAUCUCAGACUAAUGGCCCAAGAACUAUGCCAGAAAGCAGUUCCAGUGAUUGUUACCACAGCACCUUUGAUGCCGACCUUCCUCAGUCUGGUAGCACAAUAAUCAAUAGUUCGAGUGAUGGUCACCACAACAUGUUGGAUGCUAACCCUCCAUCUCAGUCCAAAAGCACAAUAACCAUGUCAGAGAGCGAGUCGAGAGAAUGUCACCAAAAGGCUAAUUCUACUCAGUCCGGUAGCACAAUAACCAACCAUUCCAGUGAUGGUCACCACAACACAUUUGACCCCAACCCUCCUCAGUCCGGGAGCAUGUUAACCAACAGUUCUAGUGGUCACCACAACAUGUCCGAUGCUAACACUUCUCAGUCUGGGAGCACAAUAACUAACAGUUCCAGUGGGCACCACAACAUUCCCGGUGCUAACCCUCCAUCCCAGACCAAUGCUACCCUAAAGAUAUUAGAAAGUAGUUCAAAUUAUGUUCACCACAACACCUUGGACACUUUACCUGCUCAAGCCAGUGACACAAUAACCAACAGUUCCGGUGGCGGUCACUGCAAAAUCUUAGAUGGUAGCCCUCCAUCUCAGUCCAAUUGCACUAAAACUAUGUCUGAAAGCAGUUCCAGUGAUGGUCACCGCAGCAGCUUCGAUGCCAACCCUCCUCAGGUUGGUAGCACAAUAAGCAACAGAUCUAGUGGUGGACACCAGAACAUCUCUGAUGCUUGCUCUCCUCAGUUGAUGCUCCCUGUGUCAGAAGGUGGCUCCAGUAACAAUAACCACAACACUUCUCAGCCAAAUGCCCCAAUAACCAGGUCAGAAAAGAACUCGAAUGACCAUCACCAAGGCACCUUUGAUGCUAAGUCUCCUCAUCUCAGUGGCCCAAUGCCUGUGUCAGAAAGUAGCGCCAGUAUCAACCAUCACGUCACGUUUGAUGACAAACCACCUUCCCAACCCAGUGCAACAACAUCAGUGUCAGAAAAAAAUUCCCGGGAUGAUGGCCCAAAUGACAAGGUGUCUCAACCCCUUCAGAGAACAUAUGAGGCCAGUUUAAAUAAGAGUCAAUGCGCGACCAAGGAUUUUUCUGAAUCUGUGGUUGAAGACGUAAACAUUUAUACAGUCUUCAACAACAAAGUUACAACUUUAAAUCUGGAUGACACCCUUGAUUUGAGAAAUAACAUUCAGUUGAUUACUUCAACACCGAUGACCAGUUGUAAAACGUUUACUGACAUCAAUCGGGACCAGGACAAAUUGCUGGAGGCACAGAAAAAUCUCCACGAGGAUGCUUCCAGCAAACAAGCAGUUCAGGCGCCAACGUCCAACAUGUCAUCCAACAUCACCUGUGAUCAAGAGAUGCUUUUGCCUGCUAAAUCCAUGCUGCCGAUCUCCAAAGCUGCGUCGCAGCUGCUCAAAUUCAAGCCGGCAUCCCUGCUUCCAGGACGAGGAGACAUGAGGGGAUCAGGUCUGCCUAUGACAAGGCAAAGAACUUCAGCUGAAGCUUUGAGUGCACGCACACUUCAGAAGAGUUCAUCUGUUUGCCGCCCAUACAACUUGGGAGCAACGACGACAGCAUCCGAGGUGCCAAAGUUUGGCCUGGAGAAGCCACGAUUGACUGCUAAACCAUCAUGCCUCCCCAAAGUGGGGCCACUCCUUAGAACGCGAUCCACGAGAAGCAGCACACUGACUUCCUCCAGCGUUGCAGUCAAGAUUCCCCAAGCAAAGAAGCACAACUUAGCCAGAGAUGAACCCGUUGUAAAGAAGACAAAGAUGGAUGUCUCCACAUCAUCCAGUCACGUAGCAUCAACACCUUCUGAUAGACAGAGCUCAGCCAGAAGCUUGAGGCCAUCUGCCAACUGUCAGCCAGCUUUGAUGCCUAAAUGCCAAAAAAAAGAUGCCACAUUGUCCACCAGCACUGCUGAGACAUUAGUAGCUGGUGAUGCUGCCUCUAAAACUAAAAGCCUAAGACUGCCUGUGACUAGUCGGAGAGCUCUGCUGACUAAAGGCAAUGGUUGUGCCAAAUGCAUCAUUCUGGAACAGCAGCUUAAAAUGCGAAUGAUAGAAUGCCAGAAACUGAAAGAAGAGCUGCAAAAGUACAAGAAAGAAGAUGAGAUAUGAAACACCCCGAUUCUAUCAUAGAUAUUAAUUUUAUUAAUAUUUGUAAGAUUUUGACCAUGUUAAUAAAUUGUGUAACACUGC